AUGCUUGUCGUUGUUUUCUUUGGCUUGUCUUUGAUGCCAUGGCAUCCCUGGGUAACUGCACAAGAGAAAGUGAACAAGCGAGUUAGCCGAGCUGUGACCCCUGAGCCAGUUGCCUGUCAGUUGAGCAGCUGGUCAGAAUGGACAGAUUGUUUUCCAUGUCAGGACACGAAGUACCGACACAGGAGCCUCUUGCAGCCGAGCAAGUUUGGGGGAGCCAUCUGCAGUGGUGACAUCUGGGAUAAGGCCAGCUGUAACAGCCCCACACCUUGUCUGAGGCAAGUACAGUGUGGACAGGAUUUCCAGUGUAGAGAGACAGGUCGCUGCCUGAAACGCCACCUGGUGUGUAACGGAGACAAUGACUGCCUCGAUGGCUCUGAUGAGGACAACUGUGAGGAUGCCAUGAUCACUGAGGACGACUGCCAUCAGUAUGAACCAAUCCCAGGAUCAGAAAGGGCAGCCUUGGGGUACAAUAUCCUGACUCAGGAAGAAGCCCUGAGUGUGUACGAUGCCAGGUAUUAUGGAGGCCAGUGUGAGACUGUGUAUAAUGGCGAGUGGAGAAAGCUCCAGUAUGACCCCGUCUGUGAGCGCCUCUACUAUGGGGAUGAUGAGAAAUACUUUCGGAAACCCUACAACUUCCUUAAGUACCACUUUGAAGGCCUGGCAGAUACUUUAAUCUCCUCCGAGUUUUAUGAUGAUUCCAAUGAGCUCUUUGCCAAAAUAAAAAAUAGUGAGACACUGUCAGGUGGCAUAACUUUCGGCAUAGGCCCACCAAAAGUUCCCGUGAUGCUGGCGCUGAAUGUAUCCGGGUCCCAUACAUCUUCACUCCUUAACCAGUUAAGCAAGUAUAAUGAAAAGAGAUUCAGCUUUAUGAGAGUGUCUACGAAGGUACAGACGGCACAUUUUAAGAUGAGGAGACACAAUAUUGUGCCGGAUGAAGGGAUGCUGCAGUCGCUUCUGGAGCUCCCAGAGCAGUUCAACUACGGAAUGUACGCCAAGUUCAUCAAUGACUACGGCACCCACUACAUCACCUCUGGAACCAUGGGUGGCGUUUAUGAAUACAUCCUGGUGCUUGACAAGGAGAAAAUGGCAGCUGCUCGUGUGACCGCGAAAGACAUUGGAUAUUGCUUCGGAGGUUCCUUGGGCCUGGAGUUUGGGGAACAUUUCACCGUUGAUGGAGGGUUAUCAAGACAAACCUGUGAGAAAUCUGGAGCUGCUAAUACUGAUAAAAAGAAUAAGAACUCGGCAGUGGAGGACAUCAUUUCUCGGGUGCGAGGUGGCAGUUCUGACUGGGGCAGUGUCUUGACCGAAGAUAGGAGUAUCAUUACGUACCGGUCCUGGGGGAGAUCAUUAAAGUAUAACCCUGUUGUUAUCGAUUUUGAGAUGCAGCCCAUCCACGAGCUCUUGCGGCACACAAACCUGGGGCCUCUGGAGACCAAACGGCAGAACCUGCGCCGGGCCUUGGACCAGUAUCUGAUGGAAUUCAAUGCCUGCCGCUGUGGGCCCUGCUUCAACAAUGGGGAGGCCAUACUCCAGGGCACGAGCUGCGAGUGUCAAUGCAGCCGGGGUCGGCAAGGCCUCGCCUGUGAGAAGAUGGGGCUGGAGGGAGUCAAAGCCGAUGGCCGCUGGAGCUGCUGGAGCUCCUGGUCAGAAUGCAGAGCCGGUACCCAGGAAAGGAGGAGACAGUGCAACAACCCUGCCCCUCAGAAUGGAGGUGCCCCAUGUCCAGGGAAGAGCACACAGACUCGGGCCUGCUGA